CAUAGUUUUAGAAAAUUGGCUUCUCUCUUGCUAGAAAUGUAACGGAGGCCGAAUGAGUUAUGUGAAGAUAAUUUCUCGUGCUAGUAACCUUUACUUAAGGUCUCCAGCUAAGAUAACAUUUUUAUCCUAUUUUCAUAAAACGACAUUAUUCUCACAAAUACAGAAAAAGUAGCAAAUAAUGCUGCUGAGAGAUCUGAUUAUGUUUUGAAGAUAACUUCUCCAUUUAAGAAAGUAAUAACAGCUAGAAUGUACAAAUUAUUAACUCCAUUUUCAACAAGAAAAGUAAAAAGAAAACACCUAGCCAUGGCGUGUACUAGGCUGGUUCUACUGAUUCUGAUCAAGUUUUUAAUUAUUGAGAGUGUUUCAGCUAGUUUUUGGCAGACAUUUAUUAGAGCAAACCCAUUAUUUGGGUCUUCUCAGCUCAAGCCCACAUCUGAAUCAAAGCCCACAAGUGAGCAGAAGCCCAAAACUGAAGAAACACUUCAACGGUCUUCUGCAACACAGCUGGAGAAAGCACAUGAAGUGUACGGAAAGAAGAAGAUGUCUACAGCUCAGCUGGUCCCGGUGCACAAUCGAUUCCAGCCAUUAGAUCCUGAAGACACAUGAGAUGAAAACCCUAGUGUUUAGCAUAUAAAUAUGAAUGUUCUAUGUAACAGGAACUCUAGGGAAAAUCAAUAAGAAAGAAACGUUUUCACCUUUCUCCUAGUUUGUUCAUACUUUCAUGGUAUCAGAGCACUAGGUGUUCUAGCCAUGGAACUAGAUCCAUACACUCCUCCCUCCUUAAACAUCAUCCACUGCGUCACAGCAAAGCUAAAUGAACAAAAUUUCUUGUUCUGGAAAAGACAGUUUCAGUCCUUUCUAAGUGGACAACGCUUGUUUGGAUUUGUCACUGGUACCAUACCUCAGCCUGUUUCGACCAUCUUGGCGCCUUCUAUUCAAGGUACAUCUACACCAGUGCCGAACCCGGACCAUGAGCUUUGGUGGCAGACAGAUCAAGUCAUUCAGUCCUGGUUGCUUGGAUCUGUCACAGACCAGCUUCAGAGUGUAGUUGUUCACUGCACCACAUCUCACGAGAUCUGGACAACGCUGGACAACCACUUCAAUCGACCCUCUAACUCACGCUUGUUUGAGCUGCAACGCAAACUUCAAACGGUCACAAAGGCGACCAAAACUAUGGACGUGUAUCUUCAAGAGAUAAAGACUAUCAGCGAUCAACUUACCUCCAUAGGAUCGCCAAUGACUGAAGUUAUGAAGAUCUUUACUGCUCUCAGAGGUUUGGGAAAAGACUUUGAGCCUAUUAAGACCGCCAUUGAAGGAACCAUUGACUCUCAACCCUCUACUACAUUUGACUCCACAUGCCUCGACUUGUUGCCUUUGAUGACAGACUUAAGAGUUAUGAUACUGGCCAAGAAGUUACUCCUCACUUGGCUUUCACAUCAGUUCGCUCAGGUCAAGGGGGCCAGUAUUACUCUUCACGAGGAAGAGGAGGCAGAGGUAGAUCUGGAGCUCGUGGUCGAGGAUACUACACAACAAAAGGUCGCGGCUUUAUGCAGCAGUUCUCCUCCUCUGAGACAGAUACGCGCAUUGUCUGUCAGAUCUGUGGAAAACCAGGACAUCAAGCAUUCAGAUGCUACUUUCGCUACAACAACAACUACCAGUCUGAAGAAUCUACUCAAGCCCUUGCUGCUAUGCGCAUUACUGACAUUUCUGAUGAGGCAAGUGCUGACUGGUAUGCUGACUCUGCAGCUACUGCUCACGUCACCAACUCUGUGCACAACCUGCAACAUGCUCAGCCUUAUCACGGUUCAGAUACAGUUAUGGUUGGAGAUGGGUCAUAUCUUCCUAUAACUCAUACUGGAUCUACAAACUUGGCUUCAGCAUCAGGACAAAAUCACAAAGAAGGUACUUACCAAGGGAAGAAAGGUUAACGGGUUGUAUCAGUUGGAGAACGCUCAUCAAAUAAAAGCUCUCUACUCCUCUAGGCAGCAUUGUGCAUCAGAUGUUGUUUGGCAUAGGAGACUUGGGCAUCCUCAUCAGCAGAUUCUCCAGCACCUGUCAGCAAAUCAACUCAUUUCAAUAAGCUCAAGAUCAAGCGAGAUGUGUGCAUCAUGUCAGUUUGGCAAGAGUAGUAGAUUACCUUUUCAACCUUCAACCUUUGUUUCUAAAGCUCCUCUGGAGAAGGUUCACUGCGACUUAUGGGGACCUGCUCCAACAGAGAGUAUUCAAGGAUUUAGAUACUAUGUAAUAUUCAUUGACCAUUGGUCGAGAUAUUGUUGGCUCUAUCCUAUGAAAUAUAAAUCAGAUUUCUAUUCUAUC